AUGGCUGACUCUAGGAACACUGUAGGAAAUAUUGCUGCUCUCAGCCUGAUCGCCAUGCCCGCCCUGGGUGAAGUUCGGUCCGAGAAUGCAGUGCCCCAGGGUGUUAUUCUCAAAUUAUGGCAUAAGAUGUACGAAGCGGGCAAGGCUCAGAAUCCACCUAUUGCUGCUGCCGCAGCAUCAGCUUUCUUUUACCUCGCGUGGUCAGGCCGUGAAGGCGGCCACUUGUUUCGCCAUGCGAGGUUUAAUCUAGCCGGGCUUUACUCUACAGCUGCGAUUCUGACUCUGGGCAUCGUGCCAUAUACCAUUGUUACAAUGCGAUCUACAAACAACACCCUCAUCGGAUUGGCACAAUCUUCGAAACCCCUCACGAAUACUGAAGAGACAAAAAGCAGGAAUCUUUUGGGUCGAUGGGUGGUUUUGAAUGGAAUCCGCAGCCUUCUUCCUCUUGCCGGGGCUUUGUUUGGUAUAACUGCGAUUUUUGCUUGA